AUGCCAACGGAAUUUCCGAUACCUAAACAAAUCCACGAUCCGGUAUCACGUGAUGAAGUGAAUGAAAUUCCCGAACAAUGGUUAGGUUAUAUAACACAUUUUAUCUUAGGUUUAAAUUCAACAUCGAUCAAUUACAAAGAACCACAUAUACGACCAUCCGUUAAACAAUAUUAUUGGGUAUUUAUAAUUUUAUAUGGGGUGCUAAUUGUUUGGGGUGUUUUAACAAAUAUUGGUAUGAUAUUAUAUAUUGUACGGUAUCGAUUUUAUCGUGAUCCGACAUAUUGUUUUUUAAUAAAUAUCGCGAUUUGUGAUAUAUUAAAAUGUGCGAUUGUUUUACCGAUUACGUUAAUGGUACAGCUUAUACAAAAUUGGAUAUUUGGACAGUUUUUAUGCUUUUUCUUACCAAUGUUACAGGAUAUUCCAAUUCAUGUUAGUAUGCUGUCAUUUCUACUGAUUGCUGUGGAUCGAUAUCAUUUAGUGCAAGAUCCGAUGAAACCUCGCAUUCCAGCCUUCGUAUGUGCAACUGGUACCUGGUUUUUGGCUGUUUGCAUUGUUCUACCUUAUCCGAUAUAUAUCACAUAUAUUGAUCUAGGUUCAUUUGCAAAAUUACAUUUUGAAGGUGUUGGAAUCUGUGCAUUAAAUCUGGUGGAUGAUAUACAAGAAUAUAUUCGACCAUUAUUUGUUGUCAUGUACGUAGCGCCGUUAGCUUCCAUCGCAUACUGUUGUAUACGAAUAUCACGUGAAUUGGAAGUUCAAGAUGGACCUUUAGCCGUAAUGAUGUUUGAACAUCGAUCCCGGGAAACUAGUACUCGAUCACGUUCUCGAACGGAUUCCCAUUCUACAGCUGAUUAUCGAUCAGAUUACGAUGGCUCAACACACGGUGGAAGUCAAUAUAGUCGGAGCAGUUAUCGACCACGUUUCGAAAUGUAUGAAGGUGAAUUGGAUGUUUGUAAGGAGAUUCGUACACAAAAAUAUUUAACGAUGAUGGUUGUUUCAUUUGCUGUAUGCUUGUUCCCAUUAAUGAUACUACGUUUAGCACGUUUAGCUAUUAUUGAAACGUACGAGAAUAGUCGACAUUUCGAUUUAAUUUUUCUAUUUAUUGUAUGGAUUGCAUUUGUACCAACGGUCACAACACCAUUUUUAUUUGUAUCAUGGCACAUGAGUCGAUUGGCAAAGGAACGCUUACGUGGUUACUUUCGUUUCGGUAACAGGAAAUUAAAACGAUCAACAACCGAUAUUGGUACAACAUUUACAUCCGUUUCAAGUGCUACGGGUGGUGGUUUAGGGAGUUCUACAACCACUGCAACAAACACUACAAACAACACAGGAUCUAAUCAUCAUCAACAUCGUAAUUCAAAUACACCAAUUCGAUAUCCAAGUCCUGUUAUUCCGAAUGGAACAAUUGAAAAUCAUCAUAUUACCACCGAUGACGGUGAUACAGAGUGUACAACAACAAAUUCACUUACGUAUUCCGAUCAUAAUAAAGAAUUUCCACGAAGACCAACACCACCAACUUAUAUAACAUUACCGUCUUCUCCAGCCGCUCCAGCUGCUCCGAUUGUUGAUGAUUUUGUAGAUGGUAGUCGAAAUAAUUAUCAUCAUGUUCCACUUCAGAGGCAACAAUAUCAUCGUACACGACCACAUCGACAUUCUUCUCGAAGUCAUCAUCAUCAUAAUAAGAUGAUGGCUUCAUCAAUACAAAUUGGAACGGAUAUGUCAGAAAUGCCAGAUACGUACGAUUCGUAGAAAUCAAACAAGAAAUAAUUUAACCAUGUUUUAAAAAUUCCGGUUAAAAAUUUUUUG